GAAUAGAUGGAACCAUAAUGGUUUUUGACCAUCUCUUUUAGCCCAGUGGCUCGUAUACUUUCUAGUCAAAUGUUGAUAAUGAUAUUACAUUUUCUCUCCACAGAAUGCAAGGAAAGUUCUCAAUGACACUUGUGCUGCUUGUGGUCUUGAUGGUCACAGUAGAGGUGGGACACAAACAUGGUGACAAAAAAAGUGUUCCCAACGCUGGUGACUGUGGAGAUGGGUUCUGUGAGGCCACCUGCGGUGAGCACACCACCAAACAAUGCAAUAUCCCUUGCAACUGGAAGAAGGCCUUUGGCGGUAAGAGUACAAAUGUUGGAAAUGAACUGUGGUCCUAG